AUGUGUGGAGGGUUUACGUGUUCUAAAAACGCUUUGAUAGCCUUAAAUGUUUUGUAUGUGGUGGUGGCUUCUAUACUUAUAUCUGUGGCGGUGUACGGACAAGCAUCAUCCCUGGUCACCAAUUUGCCUAUUGUAGGAGGCAUCCUUGCGUGUGGAGUCUUUCUAAUCCUUAUAUCUUUGCUGGGAUUAGCUGGCGCAGUCAAGCAUCAUCAAGUCAUGCUGUUUUUUUAUAUGCUGAUAUUAUUUCUACUAUUUCUUGUGCAAUUUUCGGUGGCCUGUGCAUGCCUGGCCGUCAAUUCAGAUCAGCAAGAAAUUCUAGCAAAACAGGGGUGGAACAAAGUUAAUAUGGAUGUCAAAGAGCAAGUUCAGGAGAGGUUUAAAUGUUGUGGGUUCCAGGAUAGACUUAUCCCUAUAAACGGCACGGCAGACUUCCCUUCAUGUGAUAUAGUCGAUAGAUAUUGCUGCAGGAAUAUGGCAAUUUCACCGAAUUGCCAAUGUGAACCCUGCAUGGAAAUGUUAAAAGAAACAAUUGAUUAUGCAUUCAAACUUUGCGGUGGUAUUGGAUUAUUCUUUAGUUUUACAGAGCUGUUCGCUGUUUGGCUCGCCCGACGCUAUCGCAACCAGCCCGACCCCAACUAUAAGGAACCGCACGCAAUCUUCCCCAGGAAGAACUAUCUCUAU